AUGAAGAGCGUGCCGAGAGAACUGAGAAGCGAGAAGGAGCUAUUAUUGCUGGUACUGCUCCUGGUACUGCGCCUGCUGCUGCCAGGCUGUAAAACUAGAGGCACAGGAAAUGUAGCUCUCCGUAUUGUCACUUGACUUGUUUAUAUAUCUGAUGAAUGUCAAAAGAUAAGAUAUAUAUUGAUUGAGCGACAAACAUUUCAUACGGUACGUGAUCUGUUGAGUCCGCCAUCUUUUGAUCUUAAAUCGAGCAUUAUUUUGGUCAACUCCAAGUGGGCAAAGCGCUUUUCUCUGGAAAACUGUUUGCUGGAUGAUUUCUGGAUUAACGAUUAGCAGAGAAUGCAGGUAUUAAUGAUGCGACAGGUGCCAAGAAUUGUGAAUUAUAUGCUGGUUGGUCAGUUUCGCUAUGGCGAAUCCCGGAGGCUCAAAUCACGAAUUCUUCAGCUACCCUUUGAGAAAUCAGACAUAAGCAUGCUGCUUAUUGCUCCAUACGAUGUUAAUGGAUUAGCAGAGCUUGAGUUGACUUUUCAUGCAGCUGCAGCAAGCACAAAGCCGAAGCGUAAGAUUUUCAAGGCAAACCGUCCAUUUGUUUUUGCCAUACGAAACAAUAGAAACACAUAUUUUAUGGGUCAUUUUGUCAAGCCCUGAUUAGCACAGGCUUUGAAAUGCAUAAUUUGCAAAUAUAUUCAUAAAGUGCCCAUAAAAUCAAAUGCAAAUUUUUUUUAAACUUCGUGUCGUUUUCCAUCGACGAUUCGUAAUGAGGGCUUUUGUAAUUUGCCCAGUUACAACAAAUGAUAAUAUUCCAUGAA